AUGUCGGAGCCCGGCGCGGGGGUUGCGUCACGAUGGUACCGUCCACCGACACCGACAUUUUACGAGUCGGUUGGCGAGGAUCUGGAUGAGCUGGAAAUGGAAGGUCUUCAUCUGGAGGAUGAUCCCGACCAGGCCAGUCCCGUAGCAUGGUCCCCCGAGAUGGAAGCCUUACCGGAUGACUCGGAAGACGAUUUGGAUGACCCAGAAGAUGUGGACGAAGAAGAUAUGCAUGCCUAUGGCAUCCCAGCAGCGCGUGGGUGGCGCUUGGACAUCCAUCAGUCGGAUACACUGGCGUUUAAAGCGCAAGUCUUAGAAAUGUUUACGCAGGUUCUUGCAUUGCGUGGGUGGGUCGAUAUGGAUCUCUCGCCGGCUCUCCUGCCAUUGCAGCCCAAGUACUUGACGCUGAAGCGGAAUAGCAGUGCGCUGACCAAUGCCGUGUUCUUUGUGGGCUACGAGGCCGGCGGCGUUGUCCCUGCGCCGCCCACAGUGCUGAUGCGUGUCUAUGGCGCAGGCAGUGAAGCAUUGCUAUCACGACGUACCGAGCUGUUGAUCCUUCAUACGCUCUCCAGUCUCUACGAAAUUGGGCCGCACAUCCUGGGCACGUUUGCGAAUGGCCGUAUUGAAGAAUUUUACGAAUGCGAAUCGAUUGGACCGGCGGGUAUGCGAGACUUUGGUACGGCGGAGCACGAAGGCCCGGCCAUUUGGGUCGCUCGGCGUAUGCGUGAGCUGCACGAAGUGCCGCUUGAUGUCGUCCGUACCGUGUUGGAACAAGGCGAUCUUAAGUCGCCCAGCAAGGGCUUCGGCCGUGGGAUUGAGAACCAUAUCAUGGCGGCAAGCCAUCGGCCACGUCGGAGUCGUCGGCGUGCACCGGAUGCCACGUCGCCCCCGUUCCAGAGCUACAGCUACUUUGCGCAUCCGUCGCCAGGUCUGUUUCCCAGCGGCGCGAAUGUGUCCACCAUGUCCUUUGAUUCUUUGGCAACUAGCUACGAUUCUCUCGCGAGUCCACGCAGUCUGCUCAUGUCGCCUCCUAGCGGGAAACUUGGCACGGCAGAUACGCUAACUAUGAGCCCGCUCGCCCUCGGGCCCUCCUCGGCACCAUCGCCCGCGCCGGGCCCGACGUCUAGUGCUCGACAGCCGUAUCUAGGCGUAUGGCGUCGUCUCAAGCGAUGGACGCGCGAAGCCAGCAAAGUCAUUGAAAUGGUUAAUGCUUAUUUGCAAUCACCGGAAGGACAGGCGGUGAGAGCUGCGUACCAUGUGGAUCCCUUGCCCGUGCAUGCCGACCAAGCGCAUUUGCGCACCACGCAUACGAGUGUCGAUAGUUUACAAGCGACGCGACGCUCGUUUGUCGAUAUGAUGGCAUGCCUUCAUGCCAUCGACCUACCAACACUGUGCUUGGAAAUUGUGGCUUUCAAACGCGCGGUGCGUCGGGUGGAGCGAAUGGAGGGGAAAAGCCAACGUGUAUUUUGUCACAAUGAUUCCCAGUAUGGCAACUUACUUAUGUUGCGUUUGAACGAACAGGGCGAGCUGCCUUUAAUGGCCUCUGGCAUGCCGCGCUACGUCGCAGGUACGUCGCCCACGUCCUCGGUAAACAGUCCGCCUGCCUCUUUAGGCACGUCCCCUGAAACACAGUUCCGCCGUCGGUCACGCUCACGUUCUCGAUCACAGCCGCCUCAUCAUCGGUUGGUCGUGAUUGACUUUGAGUACGCUACGCCGAACCCACGAGCGUACGAUAUUGCGAAUCACUUUUACGAAUGGCGGGCCAACUACGAUGACCCUAUAUCGGCGUGGUGUAUGUCCACACAUGGGGCAUACCCCACGAAGGAAGAACGACAGAAAUGGCUCCAUGCGUACGUCAUGCAAGGCCGCGCAAUGGCACGUCGUAGCCGAUCGGCGAAACUUAGUACGCCCGACAGUCUCUCUGCCGUGUCGGACAUUGCUCUGCCGCCAGCCGUCACACAGCAGCCAACCUCGGAUGGAUCGUCGCAAGGUCACGCGUCCUCGGAGACCAGCUCACCGAUGUCGCCUCAUCGCAGUAUUCAAGCGGAAAUCGAUCGGCUAGAUUUUGAAGUGGCGCUUUGGACACCAGCGGUGCAUGCCGUUUGGGGUCUGUGGGGGAUUGUGAUAGCCCGUGACGAUAUUGCAGUCUUGAUCGAUCGGAUAAAGCGUCAUAUUCGCGUCACAUCCACCGGCCCACGUCUGGAUCGCGAUGCAUGCGACACCGCCUUGGCUAACGACCCCAGCUUGGAAGGGUUUGAUAAUUUGCGUUUUGGCCUCAGCCAUAUCGAGCAAUUCCGUGAGGAUCUACGCAUACGUCAUAUCCAGGUGGGGGCCAAGUGA